AUGUAUGACCGAAUUCUAAGCAAUCAUACAUUAGUUGGACCACUUUCAGAUAGACCAAGAAAAAUUGCCGAAAAAUUAUUCAAAAGCCUUCAAACUCACUUUAAAAAUUUAGAAAUGAGUUCAAUAUUACUAGUUUCGACUUUUCUGGACCCUCGAUAUAAAAAUAUUGGAUUCUCUGGAGAAAUGUUUGGUGAAAAGGCGAAAACAUUGAUGAUACAUAUUUUAAUAAGUUAUAUUGAUCGCUUUAAUAAUACAGAUGCAGAUGGACCAGAGGAGGAUAAUUCCCAAGAAAGUUCAACCUAUGAUGAAUUAUCGAUUUGGGGAGAGUUUGACAAACAAGCUUCUCAGUUUCGACCGGUCCAAGGCAAUGAUAGAAGUCCAAAGAUAUCUUGAAGAGCCUCUUCUUAGUCGCAAAAGUGAUCCAUUAACUUGGUGGAAAAAAUAAUAGAC